UCUUAUUAUUUUUCGUGGCAACCCGUCAUUCUUUGAGAUCAAUAAACCUACAGGUCUAGCUCGGUGAUCAGAAGCCUAUCAAACAUUAGCCAACUACUACUACUAACAACUGCUGGCUUUCGGGUAUAGUUGAGUCGCGUCAUUAGCUGCCCUUUGGGACCUUCGGAUCGGACCGCCGGCCUCUUAGCGCUAUUGGCAGCGCCGGCCGCGAAGGCCUUCAACACGACCACCGCGCGCGCAGAUGCGCUCACUUUCCCCGUUUCUUUCUUUCUUUCUUUUUCUUUUUUUCGACGGCAGCACGUUGCACUUGGCGGCGUCGUAAACAGCGCCAUCAUCGCCUCGGUCACGGCGAAACGACGCGUACUCGCCGACGACGAUAUCGACUAACCCUCUCGCCCUCCGCCCUUGGCACAGUAUGUAGCAGACGGCAGCGAAGCGCCACGCGAUGGCCACGCCAUGAGCGCAGCAGACGACGACGCUGUGGAUCGGCUUAGCACCAAGGAACGCGCUGCCCUCGAGCAGUUCAGAAUCUCAACGGCCGAUCUUUCACCGCCCUCGCGGGAAGACUGGUACCUGCUCAAAUGGCUGCGAGCCAGGAAGUUCGACACGAACGAUGCGAGGAAAAUGCUGGUCGAGCACAUCGCCUGGCGGAAGAAGUACCAAGUUGACACCAUACUGGAGGACUACCAAGCCCCCACGGUGCUGCUGAAGUACUUCCCUGGUGGCUUGUUGGACUGCAGCCCCGAUCGUAAGCCGGUGCUCAUAGCUCCUGUGGGACAGGCAGACUUCAAAGGCAUGCUCGAAGCCGCGUCACGCACUGACCUUCUGCGCCACUGCAUCUAUCUCCUGGAAUCACAAGAGGAGCUCAAGAGGCAGUUCACACUGCAGACGGGCGGUCCUCGGAUCGAAACCAUGCACGCAGUGGCGGACAUGGAAGGCUUCUCUUUCUGGCAGCUUUCGUCUCUCGAAGUGGUCUCGGCACUCACCGAGGUGGUCCAGAUGUACGAAGCCAACUACCCGGAGAUCCUGGAAGAGGCUUUCAUCGUAAAUGCGCCCACUUUAUUUCCCAUGUUGUGGAACAUCAUCAAACCUUUGCUGACUCCGAGGACCAUAAGCAAAGUGCACAUAUUUGGAAAAGAUGGUUGGCAAGAGUUGAUGAGGAGCCGCAUGAACGUUGAGCGGCUCCCUGUAAAAUGGGGCGGCACGCUGACUGGACCAGACGGUGACGAAGGCUGCAGACACCUAAUCUGCCCUGGCGGUCCCAUCCCGGACGAGUACCGGCGAAAAUGGUCGGACGCCGCAGGUGCAAAGUCGCACACCAUCGGUGCUGGCAGCAAAUGGACUCUGCCGGUACCCGUAGCGCGAGCCGGCUCGGAACUACGAUGGGAUUUCUGCACGUUGUCCGGAGACCUGAUUUUUGCUGUGCGAUUCCGGCCGCCCGGCGGCGCCACAGAUGCGGACAAGCCACGUGACCUGGUGGCUCCCAGGAAGGUUGCCUUCACGCGCCACGAGCCCCACAGUGGUAGCCUUUGCUGUCAGGAGCCAGGAACCUACGAACUCGUGUUCGACAACUCGUACAGCUGGCUGACGCGCAAGGAAGUGAGUUACAGUGUGCAGCUGCUGCCCCCACCGACUGGCAGUGAGCCCUGACGGAGGGUGACGCAAGAGCACGCAGUGGGCCAAUGCAGUGCCCGCGCCGCUCCGGAGCCACCGAGGUCGACGAGACGAUUCAUCUGAGGAUCUUCGGCGACCUUAUCCGUGGUCGCACAUGACGUCACGGGCGCCAUAUUGGAUUCUAUUUACAGCAUCUUCAGCCUAAAGCCCUUCCAUCCACGCCUAGGGGGGUUUUACCUCGGCGUAGCUUGAUACAAGGCGAACAAAUUGAGGCGCAGUUUCGUAAUGGUACGUGGUAUACUCCUACGUGGCGGAUGCGAUGACGUCUCUCGGAAGUGCGCAGGGCUGUAUGUCGGGAAGGGGAGUGCGGGAGACGCCAGUGCUGACACUCUGGCCAGUAAACGGCAUUAAACGGUGCACGCAAUGGCAGACAGCCCUAUUAAUAAAACGUAUAAGCCCUCCAAA